AUGUCGACAAAACAAUUCUCCCGCAUCACAUCAUUCCUCCUUUUACUCGCAUUCUUUGCCACGGUUACAACAGCCCUGUAUUCUCCAAUUAACCUACUGAGCCUUAGUCGGCGGCAACAGACUGAUGGGUCGGCCUGUGACAACUAUUCCAGAAUUGCCAACCUGACGGUGGUUGCUAGCAACGCGACCUACCGAUCCGCCUACUUGGCAGCUUCACCAGAGGGCAGUGAUCCAGCCCGUGCACCGCUUGACGCGGCCAUCCCCCAAUUGGCCGCCCUCCAGUUCGACGAGGCACUCAACGAACAGUGUGGAAAUCUGACGACAAUCGCAUACGAGGGAGCGGAGGCCAACUUCACCAAUGGGAUAGUCCUGCAGUUUAGCAUCAACGGUGCCUCGAUGCGGAUAGGGGCCAGUGCGAUGGGGAUGGCGCUGAUUGUAGCGAUGGUUGCGGCCAUGGUUAUAGAAGUGGUGUGA